UCUUCCCGAAGUUGUUUAUUUUGACGAGCAAGUUUCGGUAUUCAACGACUGUUUUGAUAAUGGGUCUAUUCUAAAGUAUUUAAAGCUAAAAAUGAUUAAUUAUUGUUUGUUUCUGCAUAUUUUUCUUCAUAGUAUCAUUCACGUUUCUGAAUCAGUUAAUCAUGAAAUCUUUGCAUCUGGAAAGUUACGCCAUCUUUUAGCAGACGCCAAGCAUUUAAAUCGGACUCAUAACAGCACAAAAGAUGCAAAAACAACUCCUAAUCCAUUGAAAGAAGAUGAUUCAGUGGUUGGAACAGAAGCAGCUGUUUUAUUCAUUGUAGUCAUAGUUGUCUUAUCUGUGAUUGGUAUGGUCAUUUAUUUCAUAAGAAAAUUUGACCAAUUAAAUCGAAGCUUACCUACCUAUAGAUAUUCUUCCUUGAAAACAGAAAUUAAUGGUUAUGGUCCUGAUGAUAAAAAUGAAUCCCAAGCUCUAGUCAGUGUAUCAACAGAGGAAGAAGAUGAUUAUGAUGAGGAAGAACAAGACUUGGAGGUGAGUCCUCCUACAUUGUUAGUGCGAUCCCAGACUGUUAUGCCAAGUAAAGCUGUUAAUGGCUCUUUACCAAUGGUACAAGAUGGCAAAUUAGUCACAUCUGGAUCCCUUCCUAAGAGUGGAGAGUCAUCUGUGGACUCAGAUGAUGAAUUACUGCAGUGAUGUUCUACAAAUUUUUGAUUAGAUUCUCUUCGCAACAUGAUACUGAAGGUUGUUUUCAGCAGUUUUUAUCUGUUUCCUUUAAAUAUUUUAUUUCAGUUGUAGAUUGUAAAUACUGAGUUUUAGUCAUUAUUUUGUUAAGUUGUGAAGUAGAUUGUACAUAUUAGCAAUAUGAUUCUGUCUAUCAAAUAAUUUAUAUUAUUUUGCUGAUACCAAAGAUCAUUGGAUGGUUUUCAGUCUUGGUUUUAUUUUCAUUUGAUGAGAUGGAUUCAUUAAAAACUUUCAACAGAUACUAGAUUGAAGAAUAAUUUUUAACUACAUAUAUCCUUUAAUCGAAUAAAACAUUUCAUUUUUGUGAAAUAAGAAAUAGUUAUGUAAAAAUAGGUGCAAAGUGUAACUAAUCUUUUUAUUGUUAGAAAGGCAUUAUUUACAUUACUUUUUGUAAUGUCUUCCUCACCCAGUGUCAGUUUUUAUUUUAAUUUUGAAAGAACAAAAAUAAUUGUUAUUUGAACUUGGCAAUUGUAGCAUCUUAUUAACCUGACUAGCUAUUAUGCUAUAGUAAUAACAGAUUACUGUGAAUAAUAAAACUAAUGAAAUAUCUAUUGCUCAGUUGGAAUUCUAAUUAAAAAUAAAACAUUUUUGGUAUUUGUUUUUAAUUAUUCAUAUUUAAUAUUUAUAUUAUUUAGGUAUGACUGAAAUUUAAACUCUCUUUUUAAAUAAUUUGUGCAGAAAUAUCAUGUGAGGCACUUAUUCAGAUUGUAAUUAUGUUUUCAAAUAUUUUAAUUAGAUUUUAUUCACCAAUAAGAAUUGAGUAACAGAAACAAAAAUGAUGCUGGUUUUUAUUAUAUUGGAAACUUUUAGCUAUUUUGUACUACUAAAUUUGUAGAACGAUUUUUUUAAUGAUAUAUUUUCCAUCAUAUAAAAAACUUACUAUAUCAAAAUCAUUUCCUUUUAUUAUUCAUAAAAGAAAUUCAAUAAGAAAGUUUUUCCCUAUUUUUAAUUAUUAUUUGAUUUUUGGAUGAAAAGAAUGCAAAAUGCCAUUUAAAAUUUCUCUCUCAUUAACUUUCUUGAUGAUUGGAUUGACAAAGAUAUUUCUUCAAACAUUGCAAUUUUAGAUGGUGUAUCUUAUUAUGAAAUAAGUACCAUGUGUUUAAAACAUAAGUAUGUCAUUUAAAUUGCAUUGAAUUGUGUUUGCUUGAUGUAAAAAAAUUUAAUUUACAAACUUUUUAUUUUAAAUUUCAGCUGUUAUUUUAUAAAACCCAACAAUUGUUUGUAUUUCAUUUAUUUUACUUAAAAAAAAUAACUACAUAAAAUUACUACUAUGGAUCCAAAUUUAACUGAUUAUAAGUAUUUUAUCACAUGUAUAGUAUUCAUAAAAACUUUUGAUUAAAUUCAAUAAUGUUACUUGCUGAAACUAUGGAGAUAUUGAUUCAAAUGGAUCCAAAAAGAAGCUGUUUACUUAUAAAUCAAUCAAAAUGUAAAAAAUGUUUUGUUAUAGUACUGCAGAAUGGUAUAUAUUAUUUGAUUAAUAUGUCUUUUAACUUUUGUAUCAAGAAAUGUAAUUUAAACUAAAUAUUUGUAAUAAGAUGUCUUGUAUGCGUAUUUUUGUAGAUGCCAUUCAAUUUGAACUUUGCUGCUUUUACUUUGAACUUGGAAUAUUGAUAUGCUUGAAUAAAAUAAAAGUCUUAAGAUGAAUUGAUUACUACUCAUAAUAUAAAUGAUUUUUAUUGAAAGUGUAUUGAUGUAAUUCAUCAGGUUUGCUUUAGUCUAAAAAUCAGUAAAAAUAAAUAUUUGCUGCUGAUUCUUAUUAUUUUGAGAUAUUAGAUGUAAAAUCUUAAAAAAAAAAAAAAAAAAAAAGAGAGAGAGUGAGAGAAUAAUCUGAAGCAUCAAAUUCUAAAAAACUGAAUCACUGGCUUAUUCAAAACCAUCACUGCAAACCAUCUAAUUCUAUUUUACCAAAGAUAUUCUUUAAAUGUUUAAUUUUUUAUUAAGUUGUAGAAAUUGCAUGUGUAUUGUGGGAAUAAAACUUUUGUAAUUUCUUCCCAAUCUUUAAAUAUUUAUAUACAUUAUGCAUUUGAAUGUACUAUUAGGUCAGAAGUAUAUUUAUUUGUUUUUCUUUGGUCAAGGCUUUAUUAAAAGUAUUUUAGGGAUGCUUCUAUCUAAUUGUUAUUUUUGUGUGCUAUAAAAAUUAUAUUAUUGAUAUGAAGAGUACAAGGAAAAUUUUAUCGAUACAUGAAAUGUUUUAUGUUCCAAUUUAUAAAAAUUUAUUAGGCUGUUAGAGCAUAUGAGAUUUAUUUGAAAUUUACAGAAUUUCUCGAAAACAAUUUAAAAUGUUUAACUUUUCACAAAUAUAAAGUAGAAUUGAAACUAGCACUUCUAGUUCGGUUCAUGAAUAAUCAAUUUAAUUACAUAAUAUAUUAAAACAGUAUUAUGUCUUUUUUCCCUGAAUAAAAGCAUUUAUUUUAAAAAUUUCAACAAUUUGUUUUAAGCGUAUAUAACAUAUGAUAUUUAAAACUAAGUUUUCUUACAAUAAGAAAUAGGCAAAGUUCAUUCAAAACAAUGUUAUAAAUGACGCUAGUGCUACAGAAAGUAAAAAUAAAUUAUCUGUCACUGAUUUAAAAGUGUUUCUCAUUAAUCGUUUUUCCUCCUUUUCAUAUUUUGACAAAUUUAACACUGCAGAAUUUUUUUAAAUUAAGAAUGUCACAUUGGCUGUUCCAUAAAAAUGAUUUAUUACCAAUGUAUUACACUAUUAAGUAUAAUAAUGUUCAACUUUAUGAUUAUGGCUACUUUUGUUAACUUAUUUUCAUAAUAUUUUUUUAAUUUUUAUAAAACUUCUACAUUAUUAAGCCCAUAAGCAAAAUUUUUAAAAAUGUAUAAAGCUACAUCUUUAGCAUAAGAAGUUCCAUCAUCAAAUUUUGAUCUACUGCAAUUUCAUCAUCAUGCAGUUUCUGAAGAAUACAAGCAUAAAUGAUUAUCUAAUACCUUAGUAAUAGGUUGUUAAAAUACUUCUGACCGAAUGGUGCAAGCAAGCUGUCUGUCAAUUUAAUCAUCUGACUAGUACAUGCUCAAAAUAUAUAGGAGUAAAGUUUCUAUUGAAAUGGGGGGAGAGGGACUGAAGCAAUAAAUCAUAUUUUGUUAAUAUUCUGAUUAUAGCUUUAAGUUACAAUGUUGCACAGUAUUUUACUUUUAUGAAGAGAGUUUAGAAAUAUUAAAUUAAGUUCAAAAGUUGAGCAUAGUUUGUCAUGAAGACGGUUUUGAAAUAUUAUACUAGACAUGAUUAAAUAUUUGUCACUUCAAAUAUCUUUUUUUACCCAUAAUGUCAUAUUAGGCUGAGAAUUAAAUUGACAGACUGUGCAAGAUUCAAUUGACUGUGAUUUUUCUUUUACUUCUAAAUGUAUAUUGUAAAAAAGCACAGAUGAUGUACUUUUAAUAUGAAUUAAGUUUUUGAUUAUACAUAGAAAAAAAUAUUUUAAGUUCAAAUAAAACCUAGUGCCAUUUACUUAACCCUUCUAAGAGCUUUAACUUCAGAAUCUUAUUUCAUGACAUAGUUAUCUUGCAUUAUGUAUUAUUUCUUUUCUUAUGCAUUAAAUCCUCUCACUGUUUCUGGCAUGCAAAUUUUGGAAUAAUGGUACUGGUAUCUGCAUCUGAUCAUGAUUCAUAACAGUAUAGCUUGUGCUGUUUUAAAAAGGAAUAUUAAAAUAGUUAACUAGCAAACUUUUGCACUAAAAUGAAAAUAUUCGAGUCAAACUUUAUACAGUUAUUUCUUGCUUACUACAACACAUUAAAAAAUGAAUAUCUGCAUAAUUUUGAAAUAUAAUCCAUUUAAAAAUUUUAAAACUGAAAGCCUGCUCAUUGUUCAUUUAAUUUAAAUCUGUCCAGAUUAUUGAAGCCAUUAUUCUUAAUUUCACUUAAUUUUCAGUUCCUCACAGUGUAAAUGUUAUUUGAAUCCUUUUUGUGAGUAUGUGUCCAAAUAGCUAUUUUUAGUACUUUUUUAUAUAACUUUUUCCCAUAAUCCUGAUCAUUCAAAUGGAAUCAGAAUCAAAAAUUUAUUUUCUCAUGGUUAAGUAUUUAUUAACCAGUUGGCAUGAAAAGAAAUUUCUGCAAGAGCUUACUUGAAUUUGAUAUAAAAGUGUUAUUCUUGAAAAAACCACAAAUGCACUCACACAUAAAAAAAAUGUAUGCUAGCUGGACUUAAUUAAUUAGACGACUUGAUUUGCUGAAAUAAAAAUCUCUGUUAGAGAGUACAGCAUAAGUUCUAGAAGAUGGAGCAUUUAACUUCCAAUCAUAAUUAAGUGAUGCCUUGUUUGAAAUGCGAUUAAAAAAAGAUUUUCUUGCUAACCCUCACUUUUAUAGUUUUCAAAAUAAAAUUUGCCUUUAUUACUUAAUGAAAUAUAAAGAUAAAUCAUGAAAUUUCUUUUAACAGCACCCAGUAAGAAAAGGAAUAUUUUUUUGCAAGAUAACCUACUUUAUAUUUUAAAAUUCCUUUUGGUGUGCUUUUACAUUUAUGUGACAAGCUUUUCUUACCAAGAUAAAUACAGAUCAAUGUGAUAAUGUUAUGUAUUUACAUAAGUAUUUUAUCUAUAUUUUGAAAGUUUGUUUUGUUUUUUCAAAUGCUGUUAUAUAUUCUUAUGUAAAGUGAUAAUUUUCACAGAAAUUCAUUG